AUGGGAAGCCCCCUCGGUCCUCUUCUCGCAGACAUCUAUCUUAUUCACCUUGAACAACAACUCAUGAAAAAAUUAAAAAGUAACGGAUUAGUAUACUGGAAACGUUAUGUCGAUGAUACCUUUGCCAUUGUCAGGAACAAAGCCAAUGCCGAAAAAUUAAAAACUAUAUUAAAUUCAUUCCAUCCUAAAAUUCAAUUUACUUAUGAAGAAGAAAAAGACAAUCAAUUAUCAUUUCUUGACAUUAAUAUUACACAUGCAACUACUGUUCGAUGUUCACAAUUUUCUACAACAAUAUAUCGUAAACCUUCCUAUACUGGUCUUAUACUUAAAUGGACCUCUUUCGUACCAACACAUUACAAAAAAAGUGCAUUAUCAAGUAUGAUAUAUCGUGCCAUUCGUAUCUGUUCUACUCAUUCACUAUUACAUGAUGAGUUCAUGUUUAUCAAGGAUGUUGCAUUAGCCAACGGUUAUCCAGUAAAUGUUAUCGAACAACAAAUUAGAAAAACACUAGACCGAUUUUAUGCAAAACAAAACAAACCAGAAAUGCUUCCUCAAUCCAAUACGUCAAAAACAAUUGAAACCAAACUAUCUUCAGAGGAAAACACAAACAAGAAAGAAGUACUCUUAAUUGAUAUUCCUUAUGUUGGACGACCUACUACCGUUCUUGGAAAACGUUUAAUCAAUUUAGCUUCCAAUAUUCAACCACAUAUACAUCUUCAACCGAUCCCACGUCCUCCACCAAGCCUUCAAGCAUUAUUUCCACGAAAAGAUCCAAUUCCAAAUUACCUUCAAUCUCAUCUCGUAUACAAUAUUAAAUGCAAUGACUGUGACGCAUCAUACAUCGGUAAAACCAAUCGCCAAGCCAUACGCCGAUUUCGUGAACAUGGCGCGCCACAAGAACAACUUAUUCACACAUUAUCAUCACCUUCAACAUCCACAAUCAUCACUCUGCCUCUUCCAUCAUUAUGUAACUUAAGACGCUCUGAUCGUAACAAAAACAAAAUAAUCAAUUACUUUCCAAAAGAAAUACCAAUAUGUCAACCCGAAUUAACAAUUAAAUCUGCCAUAUAUGAUCACAAAACCGAAUUUAUUCACACGAUCAAUUGGAAAAAUUGGAGAAUUCUAGCAAAAGAUUCGCAUUCAUAUCGACUGCUUAUAAAAGAAUCACUCGCUAUUCAACAACAGCAACCUAAACUCAACAAAACCAUCAGCUCCAUUCCGCUUAUUGUCUUUCCUGAUGGACUGACUGGAUUCAAACCAAAAGUCAAAAUGAAGCAGCAAAAACGACACCAUGGGGGGGGGGGGGGGGGGGGGAAAUAGUUUUUUUUGGGCAAAAAAAACUAUGAAAAAAAACUUGAGAGUCGCCAAGUUUUUGUUCUUCU